AUGUCCACAACCCCCCACCUCGACGCCCUCCAACGCGACGGCUUCGUCGUCGUGCGCAACCUCCUCACACCAGCCGAGGUAGAACACUACCGCGGCAUCGCCACAGCCGCCACGACCCGCACGCGCGCCGGCGACUGGCCGCAUUUCCGCACCGUGCCCAAGCAAUUCCCGCCAUGGCCGUCGACGCCGCCGCCGGCGUCCGAGGGCGGCAUCUGGGGUGUGCAGCACCUACUCCACCCACGCAUGCCGGGUCGGGAGGCAUUUGCGCGGUGUUAUUUCUCGGGGUCGAUUUUGAAUGUUGCCGAGGAGCUGAUGGGGGUGAACAGCAACAACAGCAAAGGCAAUCAAAAUGAUGAACCGCUAGUCAUGGAACUAUUCAAUCUACUCGUCGCCCCCGAAUCAAAAGACUUUGAGCUCCGUUGGCACCGCGACGACGUCCCCGAGACCGCCACGCCCACCGAGGAGCUGCUGCAGCUGGCGGCUAAGUCGCCAGGCGGACGCCAGUCGCACGCGCAAUACAAUCUGGCACUGUGUCCCGAUGCCUCGCUAGUCGUUGUGCCCGGGUCCCACCGGCGCGCACGCACCGAGACAGAGCGCAACGCUGGACCCUAUGAGCCCUCACUACCCAACCAACUAGUCGUGGAGCUGCAGCCCGGCGACGCGGUGUUCUACGAUAGCAAUAUCCUGCACCGAGGCGUGUACAAGGCCAAGCCUGCUGGCGGCGAGGAGUCGCGGCUGACGCUGCAUGGGAGUCUGGGGCUGAAGACGGCUGAUCAGGAGGGGGUCAGUGAUGCUGAUGCCGAGGCGAAGAAGAAGGUGCGCGCUACGGCGGUUCUGCAGCAUGGUGUUGGUGCUUGGGUGUAUCGUGAGGACGCUGCUUUUGGGAUUGGGGAGCGGGCUGAGAAGAUGAGGGCUAAUUUGGUGGCUAUGGGGACUGGUGAAGGUGUGGGGUUUUCGUUGCAGGGGUGA